GCCGCGAAUUCACUUUACCUCAACGGCUCUUUUAUGCCUUUUUUUAACUGUCAUUGCAUCACGCCAAGCAUAUGCUCUCUAAAUAUUCUUUCUUUUGCUAAUAAAACCCCACGACUUAUUCCCACUGCCUUCAUUACCCACCAAAAUCUCAGACGUAGGCUUUUUCUAUUUGCUUUCAUUCCCUCUUCUAAUUUUCAAUCAAUCAAUAUUAAACUCCAUGAAGUUUGGGAAGAGAUUGAAGCAACAAAUCCAGGAGACGCUGCCCGGAUGGCGCGACAAAUUCGUGUCCUACAAGGAUUUGAAGAAACUUGUAAGGUUAAUUUCUGCGGCUCCUCCGAUGAAGAACGGAUCGCUUGAGUUUGGGAGAGCCGAGGCCGAGUUUGUCUACUCUUUGAACAGUGAGAUUGAGAAGUUGAACGCAUUUUUCAUGGAACAAGAGGAGGAUUUCGUUAUCCAGCAUAAGGAGUUGAAACAAAGGAUCGAGAGAGUGGCUGAUAUUUGGGGACCACAUGGCAGUAAUCCAUCAGAGAUGAUUUACACGGAGGAGAUGGGAAGAAUAAAAAAGGACAUUGUCGAUUUCCAUGGGGAAAUGGUGCUGUUGAUGAACUACAGCAAUGUCAAUUACACAGGGUUGGCAAAGAUAUUGAAGAAGUACGACAAGCGAACUGGUGGACUCUUGCGCUCGCCCUUCAUUCAAAAAGUGCUGCAGCAACCUUUCUUCACGACUGACCUCAUAUCAAAGCUUGUGAAAGAAUGCGAGAGCACCAUAGACACAGUACUCCCAGCAGCUGAAGAAGAAGAAGUUGAAGAAAAAGGAGAAGGAGGAGGCGGCAUCCGAGGAGAGAGAGAGACCAUUAAAGUGUAUGGAGAGGGAAUUUUUAGAAACACAGUCGCCGCGCUACUGACCAUGCAAGAAAUUAGAAGAGGAAGCUCUACUCAUAGUCACUUCUCUCUGCCACCCCUUGGUUUGUCAGAUUCAGAUCUCAUUCAGCCGUUUCAGCUGAAUUCACCAAUACCAAUUCCUUAAAGAUCUAAUACUUUACGAACUAUUAGAAGAACCACUUGAUUAACACGCAGUUGUCAUUUUUGCCUCGCCUUGUUCGCGCAAAAUGCUGGAUAUACAUUCUGUUAUGAAGAAAUACUCCUUCCGUUUUUUUU